AUGUCUUAUUGGAUUUUGGUUGCUGCAGGGGAUGAUCUUCUACCGGAUAUAUAUGAACUUCCGUUAGACUUGUUUGAUUGCCUGUUGACAAGCUUACCUCCCCUGGCCUUGCAAAAGUUACAAGAACAACUUUUAGCCAGUGAUUUUGUAAUUUGUAGUCAGAACCGGUCAAUAUCGUGGAGGGCAUUAUACAAGUCACGUUGGCCUGGUCUUGUUAGGCGUGUUCAACCAGUUGAUUGGUUGGCAAAAGAAGGUGAAGAAAAUUAUGAAGUGACAUAUGACUGGCAGCAGAUUUACUGGGAGACUCAUUUACAGGAGUACGCCCUUCUAUUAAGGACCAGUAAAUUGGAAAGCUUGGAACUACGAUGGAUUAAAUCGAAUGAACAUGGGGCCCAUGCAACCUCUUACAUCCGAACCUUCAUAAGACUUCCAGAAACUACAUUGAUAAUAUGCUUCUUGAUGUCAGCUAUUUUUGAAGAUUCAUUUGAGUACAAUUUGUUAGGGAAGGUUGUGGGAUUAUGUAAGCUUCUGGACCAAAACAGUGAGACACUUACUUCAAUUGAAUUCAUUCAUUGCAAGCUAUCUUCGACUUUUGUCGAUGCAAUUUGCGAUUCACUACACAUAAAGGGUCUUCAAACACAUGGGGUAAAACAUUUCUCAAUCAAAACAUCUAGCUUUAUGGAAAUCAACUCGCUUCCUUUACCUGUUGGACUGGCAUCAUUUUUAUCAUCAGGGAGGUCUUUGACUUUGUUAAGCUUAUCUGACAACAACCUCCAACAGAAUUUUGCAAAAAUGGUUUUGAAUACCCUCCUUGAUGCUUCAUCUAGUAUAGUCAUUCUGGACCUUUCAGAGAACAAUAUUGCUGGCUGGCUUUCUGAUUUCAAAUGGAGAUCCACAAGUUGCUCCAAGUUGUAUUCUGGAAUAGGCAAGUCAUUGCAAUCAUUACGUGUGCUCAAUCUAAGGAACACCAAUCUACAAAAAGAUGAUGCAGAUUGUCUUAUAUAUGCUCUGGUUCACAUGCCUAACUUGGGCACUCUUGAUUUAAGUGACAAUCCUAUUGAGGAUGAUGGAAUGAAGAGUUUAAUCUCAUACUUCGUUGAGAUUUCUGAAAGAGAACCCCCCUUCACUGAGUUGAAGUUGGAAAACUGUGAGCUUACUUGCAAGGGAGUGAGUCAACUUUUGGGAGUCCUUUCGCAAUUAAAGAAACCAUUGAAUGCCCUUUCAAUUGGCGAUAAUGACCUUGGCAUUAAAGUGGGGGCACCACUGGGAAAAUACUUGUGCACAGGCAUUCGAUCCCUCAAUAUUGAGGAUAUUGGACUUUGUUCAUCUGGCUUUCUGGAAGCACAAGAAGAAUUGAUGGAAGAGUUGAAGCUUGUCUACAUCAAUAUAAGCAAAAACCGAGGUGGGAUUGAAACUGCCAAAUUUCUGUCAAAGCUCAUUUCACAAUCUCCAAGACUUGUUGCAGUCAAUGCAGGAUAUAAUUUUAUGCCUGUGGAAUCCUUGUCAGCAAUAUGCUCUGGCCUGAAAGUUGCAAAAGGGAAAUUGGAGCAUCUAGACUUGACAGGAAAUAGUUUCUGUGAUCAAUCUGCAGAAGCUUCUGUGCUGGCUGGAUUUCAAAUUCAUGGAAAACCUAUCAUUGUGCUUUCAUCAUUGCCUGCCUCAAAUCAACCUUAUGAUGAUGAUCCUUAG